AUGGACAAUCCCGUUUUUUUGGAUGAAGAAAUUCCAUUUGUUGAAUCAGGUGUUUAUGAAAUAGAUGAAGCAGGUGGUGGCGGCGGCGGUAAUGGUACAACCACAACAACACUUGGACAUGGAAAUAUUAUAUCAUUUAAUCAUCAAAGACAUCCUUUUGAAGAUGAUCCUAUGUGGUCGACAACUAUACCUGUUAAACGUGGCCGACGUCCAAAACCUACAACUGUUGUCGUAACAACAGCACCAACAACAACAACAUCAUCAUUAUCAGUACAAAAGCCUGAACCUAAACGACGAGGACGAAAACCAAAACAAGAAAUUUUAUUACCAACUAAAUCCUUAUCAUCAACAACUAAUAAUAAUAAUUUAAAUGAUAUUCUUUCGGAAUCAACUGAAGAUAUCGAACAAAAACAACAACAACGACGUUCAACAACAGGAUUAAAAUCAAUAAAAAAAAUUAAAAAUGAAGAACAACAACAACUUUCUGAAGAAGUUAGCUUACGAUCAAAACGAUCUAUAAAAUCUUCAUCACAAUCAGAUUCUCAACAAAUUAAUUCCAAUUUAACAACAAAUCAACUUCCAAUCACAAAUAAUACUUCAACAAAAAUAAAUCUUGGUACAACUGGUAAUAUUGUUAUUAUGGGUAGUAUAAGUGGAGAUAAUAAAUCAAUGAAUAAUAAUCCAACAACAUCAUAUGAUCAAGCAGCUAUAUUACAAGCACUUUGUCAAGCAGGUGUCAAUCCAUUACAUCAUGAUCCAACAGGAGAUGAUUCAGAUACAGAUUCCGAUGAUGAAAGUGGAUCUGAUGAUGAAUCAAUGGAUAGUGAUAAUGAAAAUAAUCAAUUGUCAAAUAUGAAUAAUAAUGUAACUCAUUUAAUAAAUACAACAUCACGAGGACGAACACGUCAACAAUCAACAAAAAAUGUUAAUAAUAAUAAUAAAAAGUCUUCAACUAUACGUCGUUCAACAACAACAACGACCAAUAAUAAUAACAAAAAGAAACGAGAAAAUCUUGAUAAAAGUGAUACAGAUGAUGAUGAUGAUGAUUCAUCAUCAUCGAAUGACGAUCUCGAUGAAUUAGGUGUUGGAAAUGAUUCAAAUAAUAAUUUAAGUGGUAUUGUUGAUUCACUUGAUGGUGAUUCAUCAUUAAUUGUUCCACCAGAUUUUUCUAAUCCUGAUUAUGUACAAAAUCUUGUUAAACCACAUCGUAAACGUCGUACACAUUUACCAACUGAUGAUCAACCUAAAACAAUACGUUGUCCACAAUCAGGUUGUACAAAAAUGUUUCGUGAUACAGCAUCAAUGAAUAAACAUUUACAUACACAUGGUCCACGUGUACAUGUAUGUCAUGAAUGUCAAAAAUCAUUUGUUGAAAGUUCUAAAUUACGUCGUCAUCAACUUGUACACACUGGUGAAAAAGCAUUUCAAUGUCCAUUUGAAGGAUGUGGAAAACGUUUUUCACUUGAUUUUAAUUUACGUACACAUGUUCGAAUACAUACAGGUGAUAAACCUUAUGUUUGUCCAUUUGAUGGUUGUAGUCGUCGUUUUGCACAAUCAACGAAUCUCAAACAACAUCUUUUAACACAUGCAAAAAUUCGUUCACAUCAACCAUUUGCUAUUCCAGCUGUGGCUGUAACAAUUACAGAAAUUCAACCACAGUAUUGA